GUUGGCCCCAGAAGUCGCCUUUGCCGUCAGUUUGAAAGUAGUGUUUUAGUCGUUAAGACGCCUUACCAAGUAGGCGCGCGCGUUUUCUUUCACGGUGGUGUCAGUUUAAAUUUCGAACAACCUAAACGUACAAAAAUAUAUUAUAAACUGUAUUGUUUUAUCAAAAAGUGGCCAGUGUUAUAACUUUAAUGAAAUAACAUAAAUCAGUGUGCACACGUUUGGAUUAGACACAACUUUGGACGCCGGUCAAAUUGUUGAUUAAAUAACAAUUCAAACAAUGCACUCAUUGUAAGAUGGACCCUCUCACGUGGUUGUCUCUCGGCCUGCAGUUUGCGGCAUUAUGCUCCAUCGUGGGCGCAUUACUUCUUUACUUGCUACGAAAAGUGCGCGUGGCGGAGGUGCUGCCUGUCGAUAGCGCCAAAACUGUACUCGUUACCUCAGUUGACUCCGCGCUAGGACUUCAGAUAGCUACCUACCUAAGCAGUAAAGGAUGGCGUGUCAUAGCCGGUUGUCGUCAAGGUGGACUCGGGGCGCGUUUGGCUGAAUCCUGGUUACAGGCUCACGUGGCUGCCACCCCUGAAGACCAACCGCCGCCGAGGCUUGCUACACUGGAGUUGGAUGUGGCGAGAGAGGAUCUAUUAGAAGAAGCAGCUAGAGCAACAGCGCAGCACUUGCCAGCUGGUGAACAUGGUGUAUGGGCAGUUAUCAAUACAGCGGGCAGCAGCGGUCGCGGAGGAGCUCCCUGCUGGGAAAGCGCGCUGCGUAGUAAUGUGCUUGGAGCGCUGCGAGUCGCGCGGACAUUCUCCCCAAUGCUUGCCGCUGCUGCUUCGGAUCAUCCUUAUGCCGGACGCCUAUUCUAUAUUGGAUUGACAUCAGAUACUGCUUGCGAGAACUUGUCUCGGUUAGACAACGAAGCGAGCGAAGGGAAUGCUGGAGCCGCUGCAGUGCGAUGGGGAACAUGGGGAGCUGCGCGGGCGCUUAGAGCGUCACUGCGCGCGCGCAGACUACAUGUGGUACUCUUACACGCGCCAGAUCUAUCUGCCGCCGAAAUAUAUGCGCCGCCCGUACAGCUUACACUACCAAGCCAGCCUUCAAGUCGCCCAGAAACCCCGAGUUCUGAUGUGAGUUCAUCCACUGCGACCUGCGCCGUCACCAUGCCCGGAGAAGCGGCGGAGUACAGCGCCAAGGUCCUCCCAACCAGUGCCUUGAAAGUUCUAGAAGAAGCACUCACAAGCCCUUCUCCGCGCGACUCCUACUACUUGAAGAUUAAACAAGACUCUUGGUUCACGAGGAUGCCCUCUCUGAGAGUCGCCCAUUGAUUAUGCGACGUUGAAUGUAUUGGAGUACUCGUUCCAAAAUUCAGUCGAUUCAAUUCUAAUUUCUCAAGUCAUUUAUUCAUUUAAAAAUUGAACUAAUCAUGUAAAUAGAUACGUUAAUUAGAUUAGUGUCUGUAUUGAUUUGCUUUUCCCAAAUUCUGAAUAAUUCGAACAUAUUAUCGUUAAGCUCAUUAAUAAUUUUAUUUUAUUAUUUAAUUACUACUCUUAUAAUCAACGAUUGCUUUAAUUAUAACUGCCUUUUUUAUCUUAUACGCGAAUCAUAAUAAUAUUGUUAUUUUUAUCCAAAGAAUCUUUUAAUUAUACAAAAUUAUAUCACAAUGAACAUAUGAAGCUACUGUAUUUAUAACACUUAUUUCGUUUUACCAUACUAUAUAUUCUAGUUUGUAUGUCACGACCUGCUUAUCCCUUCGACGGCACGGGAUAGUAGAUGCAUUGUGCCAAGUUCUCGGUACCAAAUGAUUCAAAAACAAUUCAAAAUAACAAAGUGAUUGAUUGUCAACAGUCCGUACCACUCGACCUUACGACAGCGAUUAAGCCACAAUACGAAUUUCAUUUCAAGCAAAUGCUUUUUAUUAUCGAAUUUUAAUUCGCACAGUGCCAAUUAUCUACGUUUGGGUUUUUAUGGAAGUCACACUGUCCGUUAGUCCAGUGAAGCCAUUAUAGUUACAUAUGAAAUAAGGUUUCAUAACUUAUCGUAGAUAAACUUCAGUGCGUUUGUAAUAGUUGAUAGCGCUAUCGACUUAAUGAACAACGUAAAACACCGAUGUAUAUAAUGUUUGUGUUGUAAUAAAAUAUUUCUUAUUAA